AUGGCUGGCGUCACGUCCAUCGCUGAGGUCGAAGCCCUCGUCACGCGCCUGUACCAACCUGGAGAUCCUGCAACCAUCAGCCAGAUAGAAAAAGACCUUCAGCAACUUCAAAGGUCUCCUCAAGCAUGGCAAAUCGCCGACGCUCUGCUCGGAAGCAGCGACGUCAACGUACGAUUUUUUGGCGCUUUGACAUUUACAGUCAAGUUGACCUCUGAUCCCCAAUCUCUCGACGAAGACGCUGCCAAUGAGCUCCUUUUCAGGCUGAUCGGGUGGCUUGUGAAGCUUGUUUCUGAGGGCGAAAAGGACCUUGUGACACGGAAGCUUUGCACUACCUUGGUCCAGUUCUUUCUCAACGGCAACGUGACCUGGAACCACUGUGCACGCCAGCUUGUGUGUUCUUUCGUGAAGGGCGAGGCCAUCUUGACAAGUGACCUUGAGCACUAUCCGCCGACCAAUCAACUCAUUGGCGGCUUGGCGGUCCCACAAGUCGUUACCCUUCUCUGGUUCGGAAGCAACCUGGUUGAGGAAUCAAAGAGGACGACAUAUGGCGCUAGCGUCCUAGCCAAGAUCGAAGGCCGUAUCGAGGAGAAUACCGAGGAAUUUGUCUCCAUCAUACACCACGCUAUCCAAUAUGCGGGACCAUCUUCAGACAGAAUGCACGAAGAGGGCAUGGGCUGCAUGGUUGAAUGGGCUUACUUUGUUACCCGGACAAAGAGCGAAGCAGAAGAUGUAGUCCGACGCAAGAAGCUCAUCCAAUCUCUCAUCGUUCCAGCAGUGCAUUGCAUGCACGCUGACCCGGAAAAUUCCUCCGAGGGUUUCGCAGACCUUCUGAGGAAGAGGGGAGACAUGUUGUUUGAAGCAGAGCACAUCCAGCUCAUUCACAACUUGAUCACCAGCCCAUGGGGUGCGCAGCAAAUGAGCAGUUUGCUCGAAGGAGAUCCUGAAGCGGACGCAUUCCUCACCCUGCUGCUUGCUUUCUGUGCCGCUAUCCUGGAUCGCUUGCUAGCUAGCCCCGAUGACUGGCAAAACCUCCUGGUUCUGAUGCACCAAAUUCUCAAAGUUCCCGGCUAUCCCAUAGAAGACGAGAGUGCCUCUGUGCAGGCGCUCGAGUUUUGGGGCAACGUCGCUAGCGAAAUGUCUGAUCCCAUUGAUGAUGAGGUUGUCUUCUCGCCCGUUAUGAAGACUCAUCUGCUUCAAGCGGCAGAAGAAUACUGGCAGAAAAUCCAUAUCCCGCCACCCGAGGGCUUGAAACAGUGGGACAGUGACACGGUCAAGGCGUUUGCUUCGUUUCGCACUGAUGUGAUGGACUUCCUCGGCGACACAUUCCGCGUUUGUGGAGAGGAGAUUUUGAGCGGGUUCGUUGGAAUUGCUCUUAACAGCAUCAAGGAGCGAGACUGGAUAAAGGUUGAAGCUUCCCUUUUCUGUGUCAAGUCGAUGUCGGAAGACGCCGCUAGGAGGAAACUCUGCCAGGAAACUCUGUCGCAACUUCUGGGAUCUACAUUGCUCACGGCAGAUGUCUUUGCCCCCGGAGUUCCCACCAAGACAAGGCGUACAGCGGUCGAAUUACUUGGCCGCUAUGCCGACUUCUUCAUCAAACGCCAAGAGUUCCUUGUGGCACCCCUCAACUCUCUUUUUUCCGCCCUCACUUCACCGGAGACGGCGAUACCCUCUGCAAAGGCCAUCGCCUUACUCUGCUCCGCUUGUAGGAAAGCGCUUGUCCCGGAGUUGCCAAACUUCUUGCAUGCUUACCAAGCAUUCAUGGACUCUCCUACCGCGGAUAGGUAUACAAAGGAGAAGGUCAUCAACGGCAUUUGCUCGAUCCUACAGGCAAUGCCUUCAGACGAGGAGCGUUGUCAGUACAUUGGCUUACUUCUGAGGCACAUCGAGGAAGACGUGCGUAAGUCUCUCGAGUACAUGAGUCAGAACAUGCCGAUUGAGGCAGAGCAAGCAGCUUGCACAGCGCUUCACUGCAUUUCUGCGAUGGGCAAGGCUCUCCAAUCUUAUGAAUCGGAGAAGUUGGGUGUUAUUGAUCUGGAGGAAGAAGAAGCAGACGUCGCCACCGUGAGUUUCUGGAACACCCAACCCGCAGGGAUUGAACUACAGGAGCGAAUCAUCAAAUGCAUAGACAUGAUGGCGCAUGUUUUCGGACAAUUUGGCGAAGUUAACGAGGCCAUCUGCACCGUUUUCAAGAGCGGGUUUGCCGAGCGGAGACCAGGGCCUCUUGUUCUUCCCCCGCAUGUCUUCGUGAGCUUCGUUCAGCGCUCAACCGCCGAGACGCCACGUCUCACGCUAAUUCUCUCAACAAUGUGCACCUUCUUGAAUGCAUACUCCUCGCAGCUCACGACAGAUGCAAGCCCAGUUACUCAAGCAGCUAGACUGCUCAUUGAACACGUCGUGGGUAUUAUGCAAUCGAUCUCAGAUCCAGCGACUGAGCCAGACGUUGCGCACAGUUGCGUGGAAGUGCUGGAGCAGAUCCUGCGCCAGAACGCCUUGAUCCUUCUUGGACAGCCACCGCAGGCCGCUGAGUUCGUUUUCAUGUUCACCAUUCGCUGCCUGCAAGGUCCGGAUGUCCUGCCAAAGCGCGCUGCUGCUCAUUUCUGGGCGUCCUUCGUUACUGCAUCAAAUGACGCUUCGUCCCCAGCAAAGAUGCCACUCGAUCAAGUGUUUGAGGCACUGGGCGCGAUCCUCGUCAAGGUACUCGUGUUCAACAUAGCAGGUGAAGCUCAACGCACAAGUCUUGAGGAGGUUACGCUUCCACUACGGCGCAUCAUCACAAAGCACCCGCGAGUUAGCACCUGGAUAGAUGAGGCGCUCAAUGCACCAGACUUUCCAGCUCCAAAGGUCCCCGAGAAGGAGAGGCAGUGGUUCAAGAGGAUGGUUAUUGCGGCUCGCGGUGGCUUGAACACUAAGACCGUCUCGAUGAACUUCUGGCAGAAAUGCCGAGACUUUCAGCUCAAGAUGCCGAGCCAGAAGUCUUUCCGCACCAAGCAGAAGCUUGCGAAGGCGCAGAAGCAGAACCGCCCCAUCCCCCAGUGGAUCCGCCUCAGGACCGGCAACACCAUCAGGUACAACGCCAAGAGGAGGCACUGGCGCAAGACCCGCAUCGGCAUCUAA